UCCAGUGUGAAGACCAAUUUAAGUUUUUCUUCUAUUUCCCAAAGUUUCGUGCUGGUGUCAACCGAUUUUAGUCGGUUAGUGAUAACAUUUUUGUUUCUGUGACCAAUUAAAAGAGUCCGGUUAAAAGUGUUCAUAAAUUAAUAAAUAUUCUUUCGAUCGGAGAACAGCUGCCAUCAAGAUGAGUCCACCGCAACUGCUGAGCAAGGACUCGCCCGACAUUGAGGACCUCCUCUCCCUGAAUCCCCGCGUGAAGACCCAGUGCUCGGUGGUGCCGACGCGGCAGACGAAGGAGAACAAGAAGCACUGGAAGCGGAACGCUGACCACGCAGCGCCACCCUGCACCACGCUGGCCAACGACUUCUCGGACAUCAAGCACACCACGCUGUCGGAGCGCGGAGCUCUCGAGGAGGCGGCCAGGUGCCUCAAGUGCGCCGAUGCCCCCUGCCAGAAGUCCUGUCCCACGCAGCUGGACAUCAAGAGCUUCAUCACGAGCAUCGCGAACAAGAACUUCUACGGGGCCGCCAAGGCGAUCUUCUCCGACAAUCCGCUCGGCCUGACCUGCGGCAUGGUCUGCCCCACCAGCGAUCUCUGCGUGGGCGGGUGCAACCUGCAGGCCUCCGAGGCGGGCGCCAUCAACAUCGGCGGACUGCAGCAGUUCGCCACCGAGGUGUUCAAGAAGAUGGGCGUCCAUCAGCGGCGGACUCCGCAGGCGGAGGCGAAUCCCUUGGGAGGAAAGAUUGCUCUCUUGGGUGGCGGACCUGCCUCGCUGUCGUGUGCCACCUUCUUGGCCCGCCUGGGCUACCGGGAUGUGACCAUCUACGAGCGGAGGAGCUACCUGGGCGGGCUGAGUGCCGCCGAGAUUCCCCAGUACCGCUUGCCCAUCGAUGCGGUCAACUUCGAGAUCGAUCUGGUCAGGGAUCUGGGUGUGCGCAUCGAAACGGGUCGCUCCCUGGGCAGCAAGGACCUGACCAUCCAGGGUCUGCUCUCCGCGGGCCACGAUGCCGUCUUUGUGGGCAUCGGCCUGCCGGAACCGAAGCUGAAUCCCAUCUUCGAGGGUCUGCAGCCGAGCAAUGGCUUCUACACGUCCAAGAACUUCCUGCCCCUGGUUUCGGAUGGCUCCAAGCCGGGAUUGUGUGCCUGCAAGGCUGCCGCCGGACUGCCCAAGCUGCAUGGCAACGUGAUCGUUCUGGGUGCCGGCGACACCGCCUUCGAUUGCGCCACCUCGGCGCUGAGGUGCGGGGCCCGGCGGGUGUUCGUCGUCUUCCGGAAGGGCUCCUCCGGCAUUCGCGCCGUUCCCGAGGAGGUGGAACUGGCCCGGGACGAGCGGUGCGAGCUGCUCCCCUACCUGAGUCCCCGCAAGGUGAUCGUGAAGGAGGGCCUGAUCACCGCCAUGGAGUUCUGUCGCACCGAGCAGAACGAGCAGGACGAGUGGAUCGAGGACGAGGAGCAGACGCAGCGCCUGAAGGCGAACUUUGUGAUCUCCGCCUUCGGGUCGGGACUGGAGGAUCAGGAUGUGAAGGCUGCGCUGGCUCCCCUGAAGUUCCGCGGCGAACUGCCCGUGGUGGAUAAGGUGACCAUGCAGAGCAGCCUGGAGCAGGUGUUCCUUGGCGGAGAUCUGGCCGGAGUGGCCAACACCACGGUGGAAUCGGUGAACGAUGGCAAGGUGGCCGCGUGGAGCAUCCACUGCCAGCUGCAGGGUCUCCCGCUGGACACUCCGGCUGCACUGCCUCUCUUCUAUACGGACAUCGAUUGGGUGGACAUCUCCGUGGAGCUGUGCGGCCUGCGCUUCGAGAAUCCCUUCGGAUUGGCCUCCGCUCCGCCCACCACCAGCACGGCCAUGAUCCGGCGGGCCUUCGAGCAGGGCUGGGGAUUCGUGGUGACCAAGACCUUUGGCCUGGACAAGGAUCUCGUCACGAAUGUCUCGCCGCGGAUUGUGAGGGGCACCACAUCGGGCUACAAGUACGGUCCGCAGCAGGGAUGCUUCCUCAACAUCGAACUCAUCUCGGAGAAGUGCGCCGACUACUGGCUGAAGUCCAUUGGGGAACUGAAGCGGGACUUCCCCGAGAAGAUCGUGAUCGCGAGCAUCAUGUGCAGCUACAACGAGGACGACUGGACGGAGUUGGCCACCAGGGCGGAGCAGUCGGGUGCGGAUGCCCUCGAGCUGAAUCUCUCCUGUCCCCAUGGCAUGGGGGAGCGGGGCAUGGGCUUGGCCUGCGGCCAGGAUCCCGAGCUGGUGGAGCAGAUCUCCCGGUGGGUUCGCAAGGCGGUCAAGCUGCCCUUCUUCAUCAAACUGACCCCGAACAUCACGGACAUCGCCCUGAUUGCGGAGGCAGCCAAGCGGGGUGGAGCCGACGGCGGAUCGGCCAUAAAUACCGUCCAGGGAUUGAUGGGAUUGAAGGCGGAUGCCACCGCCUGGCCGGCGAUUGGCAAGGAGCAGAGGACCACCUAUGGCGGCGUCUCCGGGAAUGCCACUCGUCCGAUGGCCUUGAAGGCGAUCUCGGAUAUUGCGCGACGAGUGCCGGGAUUCCCCAUCCUCGGCAUCGGCGGCAUCGAUUCCGGCGAGGUGGCCCUGCAGUUCAUCCAGGCGGGCGCGACGGUCCUGCAGAUCUGCUCCUCGGUGCAGAACCAGGACUUCACCGUCAUCGAGGACUACUGCACGGCGCUGAAGGCGCUCCUCUACCUCAAGGCCAAUCCGCCGCCGGUGGACGGUCAAUUCUGGGAUGGCCAGUCGCCGCCCACGCCCGUUCACCAGAAGGGCAAGCCCGUGGUCCGGUUGACCGGCGAGGGCGUGGCCACGCUGGGAUUCUUUGGUCCCUAUCAAAGGCAGCGCGACAUCAAGCUGUCCGAGCUGCGCCGCCAGAAAGGAGCUCUCUGGGAUGCCGAGCAGGCGGCUGGAGCUCCAGCGCCAGCGCCAGCGCCAGCGCCAGCGGUUGAUGGUGCCGUCAAUCCGGCGCCCAGGAUCAAGGACCUCAUCGGCGCGGCGCUCGACAGGAUCGGGCCGUACAACAAGCUGGACAACAAGCAGCAGAAGGUGGCACUAAUCGAUGAUGACAUGUGCAUCAACUGCGGCAAGUGCUACAUGACCUGCGCCGAUUCGGGCUACCAGGCCAUCGAGUUCGACAAGGAGACGCACAUUCCGCACGUGAACGACGACUGCACGGGCUGCACGCUCUGCGUCUCCGUCUGCCCCAUCAUCGACUGCAUCACCAUGGUGCCCAAGAAGAUUCCACACGUGAUCAAGCGCGGCAUCGAGGAGAAGACCUUCUACACCCACGCCCUCCGCCAGUGCCAGUAACUGCCUGCCUUUUAGGACUACUUGAUAUUAAUUCCCAUAUGUACAACCCAAUUAAACGCAAUCCAUAUUUUAACUGCA